UUAAGCAGAUAAUGCCGCAAAGCAACGUCCCGGAGAGAUACUUCAGUUUCCCCAAACGCCCAGGGUGUGGAGACUGGGAUAGUGUAAGUUGCGCCCGAACUAAACAGGAGGGCUGUCCGAGAGACAGGAGGGCACGUUCCGCGAGGGUUAAGGGGCGGAGGCAGAGGAUGGCAAGCGCGGGGCACCACCCUCCGGGGACCCGGCCCCGCGGGGUGUGGCGCGGACGCAGGGCCGCGCAGCCUGCGCAUGCGCGCCCGGCCGGCGGUCACGCCCCCAUAACCGCCGUGUUGGCGUUGCGUUACACGGUUACCCAGGUUCUCCGCCCCUCCUUCUCGCGGCGCUCGAGGGACCAUGGCCGAUCCUCGCGUGAGACAGAUCAAGAUCAAGACCGGCGUUGUGAAGCGAUCCUGCUAUCUGUCAUAUGAUGCCAUACUAGGGUAAGGCUGGAAUUUGGUGUCUUAUUGCUGCAAAAAGACUUCUCAAGUUCUGUUUUAAUGUUAAUGCUGGUCAGUUGUUCCUGAAUUCCAAAGGGAGAAGUUAUGAUGAGACUUGUCCGACCCUCUCUUCCCAUCAUGGCCUGAAUUAGUUUUUCAGGUUAACUUUAGAAUGCCGUUGGUUGAGAGGAGGGGUCCAUUCAGAUGGUUGGGGAGCUUAGAAUUUUAUUUGUAGUUUACAUUCCUGACUGCUGGUAGACACUUCAGUGUUCAUUAGAACUUUAUUGUUGAGACCCAAGAAGAGCAAACUGUUUUUGAUGAAGUAUUCCGGGAGAAAAGAUAAACAGCCUUCUGAAGAAGCAAGUUAUUUUGUGGUAGCACUGUCUACUAAAGAAACCAACUGACUUCUUCCUGUUUGCCCACCUUUCCAUUGUUUAUUGAUAGUUCCACCAGAGGAAGGACAAGGCAAAAGGGAGAAUAAAUUCACUUUUAAGAUAAUGCUUCUGAGUUUUAGCACAACAUCCCACUGUACUUCCCUGGAAGCUUUAUUGCUAAGGCAUAAGGAGACUAUGUGAGUAGGAGUUAAAUGCACAGCUGUUUCUGAAGUAAUACUGCUUGGGUUCAGAUCUUUAUUCUGCCCUUUAUUGUAUGUUGUGGAAUAUAUUACAUUAUACUAUACUUCUUUUACCUUAUUUGUAAAAUAGAGCAAGUACCCAACUUACGCAUUUGUCGCAAGAACUGCCUGCUAUGCUGUUUAACACAGUAUGUGGCAAAUAGCAAGUGGCUAGUAAAUGUUAAUAAUACUGUUUGUAUUUCCAUUUUACAGAUGAGAAACUGAGGUUUAUCAAUAACAGGCGUCAUACGUGAUUAGGUUAAAAAAAAAAAAAAGAGAAACAGGUUUAAUGAAGUUAAAAAAAGAAAAACAACUUUCCUAAAGUCACACUGCUAGUUAGUGGCAAUGCAAGGAAAAGCACUAAGGUUUUGAGUCUACAACUUUCUCCUUUAAGCUACAGUGCUCCCAUAAAGAGUAUUUUAAAAAAUUUGUAAUAGGAAGAGAAUUGAGAUGUAUACUUGAAAAUAUAAAUAAUCCACACUAUCCCUCAGCCCAGAGUUCUCUUGUUCACUUUUACCAGACUUCCUUGGGUUAUGCCAUUUUAGUCACUGCAUUUGGCAGAACUAUCAGGGUAUGUUGCAGAGAGUGCUGUAGAGCGAAUGAGAAAUGACUUCUAAUGAUAGUUUCCCAUUCAUUUACUUAUUUGACCUUGACAUUUCUCGUUCUGAUGAUCUAUACUGGUUUAUAAGUUACUUCAAGUAGUUAUAUGCUUACAAUACAUAUUCUAGAGAAAAUACUUAUUGAGAUUAUAAACUAAGUUUUUGACGUAAGUUCUCAAGUGCUUAUAUAAACUGCUUAGAAAUAAAUUUAUCAUUUAAUGAAUUCUGUUCAUAAUUUACUAUUAUCUCAAAUUGUUUAUAAAUGAAUGGAAAUGUCUCCCAUACAUUUUUAAAUGACUUUUCUGUUGACAUUUUGGGGUAUAGCUUCCCCCUUAUAUAUUAAAAUGCAAUUUAAAGAAACCCCUAAACUUCCUGUUUUAGCUGUUUAUUACCUACAUUUGUCUUGGUAUAUCACCAUCUAACUUCAUAAAUAUUGCCCCCUCCUGUUUCUUGUUAUUUUCACCUGAAAAUUAUUUUACUAUGACUGUUUCCAUCUUCUGCCUUAGUAUCCAAUUUUUAUUUUUUAUUUUAUUAUUUAUUUAUUUUAUUUUACUUUAAGUUCUGGGAUACAUGUGCUGAAUGUGCAGGUUUGUUAUGUAGGUAUACAUGUGCCAUGGUGGUUUACUACACCUAUCGACUCAUCAUCUAGGUUUUAAGCCCUGCAUCCUAUUUUUAAAAAUCUACAUUUUACCUCAGCAAAGAAAAAAAUUGAUGAGGCAGCAGUGGCAACAUAUUAAUAAUUGUUGGGGCUGAAUGAUCAUGACACUUCAUUAUAUUCUUCUGUACAUAAGUUUAACAUUUUUCAUGAUAAAAGGGUUUAAAAGGUAUGCUUUUUUCCUCCUGUCUCCAAAAUUAGUUUCAAAUAUUUCUUAAUUUCAUGAUUCAGACAUGUUCUUGGUUUUGUGAAAGGGAUUCUGUUCAUUUUUUUUUUUAAAUCAAUAGUUUUAAAAAGCUAUUCUUGACACAGUUUUAAAUCUGUUCUUGAUACUCUUUUUCUGGUUAGAUGUUCAUUUUCCUAUAGCCUCAUUUAUCUUUGGAAGUCACAGCCUUUAUUUGGAAGAAGAGGUUUAAAGUCAUUGUUCAUGCCCCCAGUUAUUUCCGUUUUCCCUCUAGAAAUUGAGAGCAACUAGAAAUUAUAUUCCAGGUAUUUGUCCUAGAGUUCAGUUUGGGUAGGCUAUACUAGGAAGGGUGGAUUAAUUUAGUUUCUAAUUAGAUCUGUUUGAACACUUCAAGUAACUCAAAAGUUUCUGAUAGUGGGUCUUACAAAGAAAUGCGGACGGUUGGGUUGAAUAUUAGGGGAAUAUGGAGGCAGGCAAUAAGUAGAUGAUGGUAUUUGAUUGGCAUCAAGGAGACCCAGCCAUGAGUGGAAGAUGGCCAUUUCACAUGUUGGCAAAAUGGCAAGGGUGACCUAAUGGAUAGCAGCCCACAUUAUUAGAAA